CCAGCAGCACCGCGGCCGAGAAGCGGCGGCUGCGGCGUCGAGCUGAGGUUUGGUGUUUAAAAAUGCACUGAUUUUACGACAAAUUUGGGCCAAAACUUGCAUCAUGUCGAAAGAAAUACAGGAACUCCAGAAACGGUGGCAGGCCGUGCUGGAAACUGUUCACAGCAACUCACAUGUUGUUGCUUUUAUGAACUCCCGGGUAGGCCGGUACUUAGAUGACCACCCCUUUCUCACCCUGUCACUAGUGGUCUUCCUUGCAGCGUCUGCCAUUCCUGUUGCAUUCUUUCUGUUUUUUGUUGUCGCCACAACUGUGAUCGCCUGUGUUGGGGUGAUUAUCAUGGAAGGUUUAGUGAUCUCGAUGGGCGGUGUCACCCUGCUGUGUGUCCUUGGUGGACUGGGAAUGCUGUCCCUGGCCGUGUCUGCAGUGGUAAGCGUCUGCUACUUGUCUCUCACAACUCUGCUCAACUACUGGCUCACUCCAAAUGUUCUGUCAAAGAAAGAAAUUGCUAAUGGAAGCAGUUUUAUACCAAGCAGCCCUCCUGCCUUAGACCAGGAUGCGACUAAUAAGAAGAGUGAAUAAAUUGGACUGGUGCCUAGGAUGCUUCCUCAAGCAGCACUUUAAAAAGCACAGUUUGGAGGGAAUUGUUACAUUCUAGACAUGUUUACUUGUCAGACUGGUCACGGCUUGGUGUGUUGUUUAUGGGAGCUGAGGAUCAAUUUUCUCUCUUGGUUCUCAUUAUCAUGACUGGUCCAUCAUUAAAGGUGUUAUAUGAGGAACUCAGCAAACAUAGAAGAAGACCUCAUUCUAUUCUUUCAGGUUUAUCUUCCAUUUAAAACAGUGGAUAUUUUUAUAAAAGAUGUUGUGCUUUCAUAUCCACUAGUUUUAUAGCUUGUUAAACUCAAAGCUGGACACUCCUGGCAGGAGUUAAAAUUCAAUAGUGUUAGCAAUACUGCUUAUUCGAAUGUGGAAAAAUACGUUCAAGCCUUAAGCUUUCUUACAACAGCCAUUGUAAUGGAGAAGGUGGUUUGCACCAUGUUAAAUGCAUAUGUGGAAAGCCAAGAGGGGUGGGUGGGAGAGACUCUUUAUGCUUGUGAAUAUCUCCAGUGCUUCAGUUCUAUGUUUUAAAUUAUUCACAGACAAUAUCCAUCUAGUGUUGUGUUUUUACCCUUCUCAUGAUAGAAGGGUUUUAGGGGCUCUGCAGAACCCCCUGGUAGUAAAGUACUGUGCCUUAUUUUAUGUGUGUGUUUUCAAAUGUAUGUAUUUGAAAUGUAUGUAUUUGUUUGCACACCUUGAAAUCUUUUGUUAAUAUUUUUUCCUUGCUUAACUGGUAAAGCCAUUGUCUGACAUACUUUGUCACUAAAGAGCUACUUGUUA